UUCAUACUUCGACAUAUCUUUUUCCUGUGCAGCUCGAGGGACCAAAAAAAAAAAAAAAAGAAAGGGAAAUAUCAUGGAAAACCCUCAAAAGGCGAAAGAAGAUGAAGAAAAAGGAGGAUCGGUUCGCUACCGAGGAGUGAGGCGACGGCCGUGGGGGAAGUUUGCAGCCGAGAUUCGAGAUUCGUCGAGGCAUGGAGCUCGUCUGUGGCUCGGGACGUUCGAUUCCGCGGAAGAAGCUGCUAGGGCUUACGACCGUGCCGCAAUACGGUUGAGGGGUAACCAAGCUGUUAUCAACUUUCCCAGCGAGGACUACACUCGUGGGGCGGAAUCUACACAUCCUCCGGAGCAAACGCCGUCUUCGUCUGUGGAUUACGGGGAGAGUUCUCUUCGAGAGAGAAGUGUUUCCAGUGAGAAAGCAAAAGAAGUUUUCGAGUUCGAGUGCUUGGAUGAUAAGGUUCUUGAGGAUCUCCUUGAACAAGAAGAGGGGAAAAACAAGUGAAUGGGUAAAGUUUUAAGUACUCUCCCUCUCUCUCUCC